AUGGCCGGAACCAGGGAGCAUGCGAUAUCCGUGGAGGAGUUGCUGUCGAGAAAGGCUAGCCUUUCUGAUGAAACAAGCGGGGGCCGUGACAUUUCCUGCCUGCAGAGGCGGGUCGUCGAAGUUAUUGAACACGGAGAGGAAGCCUGCGAGCUGAAAAAAAAGAGGUUUGAGAAACUGAGGGAAGCAGGAGAUCAUACCAAUGGAGGUCAAAAGGCUACACCAAAAAUACAAAAGGUUCCGCUGCUGCUGCAAGAUCACAAACAUUUCGACAAGUAUUUUAAGCCAAGGAUUGUAGCACUCGGUCCUAUCCAUCAUGAUACGCCAAAAUACCAGCGAGCAGAGGAGUACAAGCUUAGAAUGACGAACUGCUUCGUCAAGGAAAGUGGUAAAGAUGAUGAGUCUAUGUACAACGUAGUUGAGAACAACAUCAAGCAACUAAGGCAGUGUUUCGAGGAGAAGGUGACCGAGAAAUAUAGUGAUCAGGCCCUAGCCUGGAUGCUGUUUGUGGACGGGUGUGCAAUAUUACAGUCCAUUCAUUGUGCUGUUAGCAAUGCAUGCACAGAUUGGAAAAUGAAAUACGAUCUGAUGGCCUUUGGGACACAGGAUUUGUUCUUGUUGGAGAAUCAACUUCCUUAUCAACUCCUUAUGGAUUUGAUGAAUUCCAGCGCAAAGAAACAUGAAUUGGAGAAUUCCAUGAAAAAAUUCAUGCUUACGCAGGCGUCACAGGAAACUGGGAUUACGGAAACGCGGAUGCCUCUCCAGUGGCCGGGAUUCCUAGGCAAACGCAAAAGUCAUGGCCACAACGCUGGUGAGGAAAACAAAAGGGACGACAAAGACAAGAGUAAGGCACUGCUGGGCGAGGAGGAAGGGACUACGGAAAGUAAUCGUCCGAAUCAUCUUCUCGAUCUCCUCAGGACGAUAAUCAUAGGCGCUUCUGUACGACAAGGAAGGGAUGGUCAGUCUCCUAAGCAAAAUGGACCACCAAAAAAGAGCUCAAGAAGUGGUACUAAAUUGCAGUCGUACUAUCGCAACGUGGAGGAGCUUAGAGCAGCAGGAAUCCUUGUGAGGCCGCCCAGGAAAAGAAAUGGUUCCUUAACAACCAUAACUUUUGAUAAAGGACUCUAUUUCUACCUCCGGCUUUCUCCAAUAAUAGUUGAUGACUCAACAGGGCCCAAGUUCUUGAAUUUGAUAGCCUACGAGAUGUGUCCGGAUUUCGAAAAUGAGUUCGAGAUCACCUCUUACAUAUCAUUCCUGGAUUCAAUCAUUGAUAACACCAACGACGUAAUGGAGUUGAGGAAUGCGGGCAUACUCCAGAACCACCUCGGCAGCGACAAAGAAGUGGCUCUGCUCUUCAACGAGAUUGGCACCGACUUGGUUCCUGACCCCGACGCAUAUGCCGCAGUCAAAGAUGCCAUUCAGAAACACUACGAUACUCAGUGGAAGACCUGGAUUGCUGAAGCCCUUCACGAACAUUUCAGAAGCCCCUGGACGUUUCUGGCUUUUUCGGCCGCCAUAAUAGUACUCGGCCUGACUUUCAUACAGACUUGGUUCGCAAUCAAAGAAGACAGAGGUAAUUCCCGACCCCGAGUUCGUCGCUAG